GCUGGAAGUGCUGUUGCUGGGGGGACCGCGAGUCCUGCCGCCCCGAGAGGCGGGUGCUCCGGGCUGCAGGCGCUCUGGUCGUCUUCGGUCCCGCCAUGUCCUUCAACAAGGUCCCACCGCGGUGGCUGAACUGCCCGAGGCGUGGACAACCCGUGGCAGGAAAAUUUUUACCUCUGAAGACAAUGUUAGGACCAAAAUAUGAUGAUGAAGUUGCUGAAGAGUAUCGUUUCCACCCCAGUAUGUUAUCCAACUACUUAAAGAGUCUUAAGGUUAAGAUGGGUCUACUGGUAGACUUAACAAACACCAAUAGGUUCUAUGAUAGGAGUGAUAUAGAGAAGGAUGGUGUCAUGUAUAUGAAGCUUCAGUGUAAAGGGCAUGGAGAAUGCCCCACAACUGAGAACACAGAAAGAUUCAUCCGUUUAUGUGAACAUUUUAGUAGUAAGAACCCAACAGAACUUAUAGGUGUUCACUGUACGCAUGGUUUCAAUCGUACUGGUUUUCUCAUCUGUGCCUUUCUGGUUGAGAAGUUGGACUGGAGUAUUGAAGCAGCAGUGGCUACUUUUGCCCAAGCCAGGCCACCGGGUAUCUACAAAGGUGAUUACUUGAAAGAGCUCUUUCGUCGUUAUGGUGAUGCAGAGGAUGCACCAGCACCUCCUCCCUUACCAGAGUGGUGCUUUGAUGAAGAUGAAGAGGAGGAUGAGGAGGAUAAUUGCAAGACAGCAACCCCAGAAUCGGAAGCUGGUGCAUCAACUUCCUUUGUCCGAAAAAGAAAAAAAGAACACUUGAAACUGGGUGCAGUGUUCUUGGAAGGCAUAUCAGUUAAGCACGUAACCCAAGUGACAACUCAACCAAAGCUAGGAGAAAUCCAACAGAAAUGCCAGCAGUUUUGUGGUUGGAAAGGAACUGGAUUUCCUGGAGCACAACCUGUUUCUAUGGAUGAGCAGAAUAUUAAACUCUUAGAGCAGAAACCGUACAAAGUAAGCUGGAAAGCAGAUGGAACUCGGUACAUGAUGUUGAUUGAUGGCAAGAAUGAAGUGUAUAUGAUUGACAGAGAUGACUCCGUGUUCAAUGUAUCUAAUCUGGAGUUUCCAUUUCGAAAAGAUCCGCGUGUACACUUAGAAAAUACUCUGUUGGAUGGGGAAAUGAUCAUCGACAAGGUAAACGGCCAGGUUGUUCCUCGGUACUUGAUAUACGACAUAGUUAAAUUCAGUGGGCAACCAGUUGGGGACUGUGACUUUAACAUUCGUCUGGCAUGUAUAGAAAAAGAGAUUAUAUUUCCACGACAUGACAAAAUGAAGACUGGCCAAAUUGACAAAGCACAAGAACCUUUUAGUGUUCGUAACAAACCAUUUUUUGACAUCCACGCAGCAAAAAAGCUUCUUGAGGGAAAUUUUGCUAGAGAAGUCAGUCAUGAAGUGGAUGGACUAAUUUUUCAACCUAUAGGGAAAUACAAGCCUGGACGAUGUGAUGACAUUUUGAAAUGGAAGCCACCCAGUCUGAAUUCGGUGGAUUUUCGCCUAAAUAUAACAAGAGUUGUUGGAGAAGGGCUUCUCCCGCAGAAUGUUGGACUGCUUUAUGUUGGAGGCUUUGAUAGACCUUUUGCACAAAUUAAGGUAACAAAAGACUUGAAACAAUAUGACAAUAAGAUUAUAGAAUGCAAGUUUGAGAACAACAGCUGGGUCUUCAUGAGACAAAGGGUAGACAAAAGUUUUCCAAAUGCUUACAGUACUGCCCUGGCUGUAUGCAAUAGCAUACGACAUCCAGUGACAAAGGAGAUCCUCUUUGAAUUCAUUGAAAAGUGUACUGCGGCAGCUCCAGGACAGACACGUAAACAUCACCUGGAUCCUGACACUGAACUCAUGCCACCACCUCCUCCUAAAAGACCACGGCCGUAGCCUGCCAGGACAGACCCAGGCAAUGGCAUGUUUACAGUUCUACAAGACGAUGUGUGUGGAUUAAAAACUUUUGCAGAAAGUUAUUGUAAACAUCUUGUAAAUACUUAAGUGCAUUUUUUUUGGAAUGCCACAUCAUGGACUCUGAUUUGUUUUGUACUUGACAAGUUGAACAUUGCUUUGCGGAAUUGGAAAACAGAGUUAAUCCCAAGGGUUAGAUAAGAAAAGUGUGGAAUCAGUAGAAAGCCACCUUGUUUGAUAGGUACCUUUCAAAUCUAAUGUUUUAUACUAGCAAUCUGGAACUGUGAAGCCAUGACAAAGCUGUCUUUUUUUUUCUUUUUUUUUUACAAGUGCUGUUUCGAAGACUGUGGUGUUCCCUUUAAUUAAUCAAUUAAGAGUUGUUGCUUUCUUUCAUUUAGCUUAGUUCUCCUGUGUUUCUUAGGUUCAUGUUGUCAUUGUUUUUAAAGGCAGCAUAUGCUGAUGCAGUGUACUCUUUGAAAUACAAGUUUAUCAGGUUUCACUUUUUUUUAAACAACCUUUUUAUAUUAAAGAAGUUACACAAGUCACAUGUAAAUGUCCUUUUGGAUGUGCAUUGGACGGUGUGUUUUUGAACAAACAAAUCCAUCUUCUGACUCUGUUUUAAUCUUGCAUUUUAGGUUUUGUGCACUGGUAGACACAAGGAAUUCUUGAUACGAAAAGCAACAUUUAAUUUUCUGUAUAAAUAAUUGUAAAUGGAUGAUGUCAAAGAUGUACAUCAUGUUGAUGUACAAGAUGAUUAGCCAUGUUAAUUGACAUUGCAUUAGUUCUAUGGGGAAAAUGGCAGAAGAAAUUUCAGAAGAUUCAUAGGGAAAUAAAUGAAAGUGACAUGUAGCCCUCCGUCCCAAGGUGAGUGGAUUGUGACAAAAAUUAAUAGAAAAGAAAAUACUUUUAUUGGUAGUAUUAUGGAGGCCCAAACAUUCAAUUCCAUUCGAUUCAAUUCAAUCCAGAUGUUCUAUUUUCAAAGCAAAAGCCAGGUUAGAUGACUGACAAUAGCAUUCUCCAGUGAUUUAUUUUAUUGUUUUAAAAAAGAAAUCAAGUAACCUCACUGGGUUUUCCUGGGCUACAGCAAUAGUUAGUUGUUCUGCCGCUCCUAAGAAGCUGCAUUUUAUGGACACUGGGGUGGGAGUGGGGGGAUAUUAUGUGUUUAAAAUGUAGGAACAAAUGUAAUGAUAAACAUUUUCACAAGUUGACUCUAAAAUAAACCAACUAGUAUUUUGA